AUGCCGAGAGAGAGAAAGAGUCGAGUUGAAUUCCACAUUGCCUUACGUCGCUCGGAAGAUGACGAGGAAAAGGCUAUUGAUGAGAUGAAGAAACUUGUUAAGAUGCACGAUAAUUUGCUGGAAGUUUCUGGAAAAAUUGAGGAAGUCUUCACAGGAAUAUUAUUCAUCGACCUCUUUGGAAUUAUAGGGAUGAUGUGUUCGUUGGCAUUCUUAGCAUUCGCUGGAAUCGGUUGGCUAUUUUUUACAAAAUAUUUUAUGAUGUUCCUGGCUGCAUCUUGGAAUGCAUUUAAUCACUGUUAUUAUGGAAACCGUUUGAGCGAUGCAUCAGUAGAAGUUGCUGAUGAUGUGUACGGCAGCAGCUGGUUCAAUGGAAAGCUUAAGUACCGAAAGUUGACUGUAUUUGUCAUGCUUCGAGCUCAGAACAAGGUUCAAUUAACUGGAUUAAGUUUCUUGAAUGCAAAUUUAGAAACGUUUCACUGGGUGAAGAAGCAGAAUUAA